CUUUCUAGUUUGCAAUCGGUGUGUCGCACGACGGCGCGCUGUGUUUGGUGCACUGAAGAAGAGAGCGCAUUCACUCUCGCCUGCCUCCACAGAAGACGUGCACGCGCGCGCGCUUCCUCACAAGUGCUCGACGAUUACGGUAGCGCUUGUAGAAGCACGCCACAUCUAACAAAGACUAAAUUGACUUCUAAAUCCACCCCCUAAAUAAUUUGGGGUUCAUUCGAAAGCGCUCGACAAGCUGUUUAUUACUAUCAUGGCCGAUUAUUACGGACUUUUUACUAGUGAUACGAGAUCCGUGUCUGACGGCGAGUCCGACGGUGAACGCCGACUUCGUAGAAGUCGUCGAAAACGCGGCGGCGGUCGUUUCAGACCCUACUCGCCAGACUAUUCUGACGAUGAGAAGACGAAGCCGACUAAGAAAAAUCAGAAGAGACCUGACAAACAGGACAGAUUCGGAAUGGCUCCACCCAACAGUACCCAGUUCUUAUUAGAGGAUCGUGAAGCGAGAGCAGAUGCCGAGUUUGAGAACGAGCAGAAAUUCGAGGCUGCCGAGCGUCGCCGGGUCCGAACAAUGAGCGGAUCCUACGAGCAUAUGCGCCCGGCCUAUUGGUGCACAAUUGAGCCUGCAACAACGACGGCGGACUUUGGAAGCGACGACAACAACGAUCUUGACAGCACCUCCGGUGAGAGCGAGGCCGAUCGAGAGAUGGAGCGAGAAUUCGAGACCGACUACCUGGAAGUGAAGCGUGAACGGAUUCAGAGUAUGACUAGAUCGCAGCUCGCCGCCGAACUUCUCGAGAGAGAUCAGGACACGCAAGUUCUGACACGAGAGUUAGGAUCCAAGGAGACCGAGAAUCGACACCUUCGGAGCCUUCUCUCCGCACAUGGGAUCUCUCCGGAUGAGCCAGUGACGUCGACCACAGCGAUUGUAGUUGGACAGUCGAAAUCACCAGUUGUUGCCAACUAAUUUACUCCCUUAAAAACGUAAAAUUCCCCGCUUCCCCUUCGCAAAAAGUCUGCUAGUAUUCCGGCUGUUUAAGAAAAAUAAAAAAUAAUCCGGUAGUCGUUAAUCCUAGACUUCAUUUUAUCCUGUUUUGUAAAUAAAAGCUCCAUGCAAAAACAAUGCACAUGGGCUCUGGGGCAGAUAGAGCACAUUUGCAUUGUUUUGAAAAUCAAUUUUUUCAUGUUUUUAAUCCUGUUCUUCUUCUUCUUUUUUUCAAGCACAAAACUUGUUCCACCCCCCCC